AUGGGCAGCAGCGCACCCGCAGCAACGCCGCCGCCGCCGGUGGCCGACGCCGCGAGUCAGAAGAAGGUGCUGACGUUCAACGAGACGCACGUGCACGCGCUGCGCGAAGGCGUCAGCGGCAGCAAGGUCUUUGUCAGCACCCACUCGGAGAAGCACACGACCGUGGUCUUGACGGGCGCGCCCGCCGACCUCGAGGCCAUCAAAGCGCAAGUGCACAUGUACAAGCUCGGUAGCCGUGUGCUCGACCUCAGCCGCGACGCCGCCACCGUAAUGGAAGGCCGCGUGCUCAUGGAGAUCUUCCUCGACGAGGGGCAGCCGCUGCGCGCGGUCGAGUCGGUCGGCAGCAGCGAGCUCGUGCUCGAGGACGGCACGCUUGCGCACCACGCGACGGUCGAGAAGAUUGGCUCGGGUGCCAUCUUUGUGCACUGUACCAAGGACGUGGUGUUGCAGCAACUCCACACGGUGCUCCGCGGCUCGGGGCUCAUCCAGGUCGACGCGCCCAACCUGACGCUGCACGCCGGCCUCCAAGUCGACGUCGUCGGCUCGGGCUCGACGCGCUUCCAUACGCUGCACCUGCGCGCGCCGACGGUGGCGACCAAAGUGACGGGCUCGGGCGACAUUUUGCUGCACGCGACGCAUCUUGGCGCGGACAAGCUCAUGUCGAUGGUCACGGGCUCGGGCGGGAUCCGGUACUACGAAGCCGGGGUCGUCGGCGAGCACAUCAUCGACGUGAGCGGCUCGGGCAAGGUGCUCGCGACGUCGCUCCUGGCCGAGCGCGUGCUGGCGUCGGUCGUCGGCAGCGGCGAAGUGUUGACGCAGGCGACCAAGGCGCUCGACGGGACGGUGUUUGGCUCGGGCGCCAUCGCGGCCUGCGACCCGUGGCCCGAACACGUGGCCGUGAGUCCGCGCUUGACGACCACCUCGCACGUGCCCAAGUCGUGGACGCCGCGCGCGCUGCCCACGCGCGACCUCAAGCUGGGCAUUCGCAAGCAGCUCAACCUCUUUGGCAACACCAUCUCGAUCAACCUGGAUCUCUGAUCGCUUGUCGACUUGGUGUCGAACCAAGCACAGUGGAGUAGGAAGCUAAUGCAAUGAUGAAAGAGGGGCUUGCG